CACACAAUGGAUAGACAGACAGGCUUGAUACAAUAUUACCACUGCUUGGUCGGCCUUUUGAUACUGUAGCUCGUAGGCAAUCGAUAACAUGGUUUAGUGACUGUAAAAUCUUGCCAUUGCAGUGUGUCUUCAGUGGCCAAUGUUGCUAUAGCGAGGUUGCUAACGCCGUUAGCUAGCUUUGCUAACAGCAGUCGUAUUGUUUUGCCGAAAUCUCUAGCUGGCUAGCCUACCUCCACGUUAGCGAGUAGUAACACCUGAGGGAAAACUGCUUUUAUACUACGAGAUAGCUGCCUUUCAAAGAAUAUGGAAACCACUUUUGAUGUAAAUCAUCUUUUCCCUGAAACGAUUACAGUUUUGGACCAUAACCUAAUUGCAGGUGGAACAUCGCUGGGAAGGUCAGAUCCUCAACCCCAAAUUGCAGCAGUCAUUGAUGAACUUGGAAGAGCCUCAGCCAAGGCCCAAUACUUGACAGCCCCAAUCACAAGUGCAUCAAAGCUGCAGACCAACAAGCACCAUCUCUACCUGCUGAAAGACAGAGAAAGCAAUGGAGGAAGGGGACUUGCGGUGGGGUUUCUGAAGGUUGGCUAUAAGAAGUUAUUUCUGCUUGACCAGCAGGGGGCGCAUGUCGAGACAGAGCCUCUGUGUGUCUUGGAUUUCUUUGUGAAAGAGAACCUUCAGAGGCAUGGCUACGGACUGGAGCUGUUUAGCUUCAUGCUGCAGAACAAAAAGGUGGAGCCAGUGCUGAUGGCUUACGACAGGCCCUCCCCUAAGUUCCUCUCUUUUCUGGAGAAGCAUUACUGUCUGAAAAACAGUGUACCUCAGGUCAAUAACUUUGUGGUGUUUGACGGUUUCUUCGCCAAAAGAUCAGCGGCCCAGUUGAGAAAGGUUCCCCCCAAAAAGCCGGACGGAGAGAUCAAGCCCUACUCACUGAUGGAGAGAGAAGCUGUGCGAGAGGAGCAGAGGGCUCUUCCCUGGCCUUUGUGUCGUCACGCGGCUCCUCCCCUUUCUCCCCCAUUGUCGGUAUCCUCCCCGUGCUCCCCAAGCAGGGGCCGCCAGCGUCCCGAUCCGGCCCUGGCCCCGGCACCUGCCCCUGGGGGCAACAGGGGCCCGAACCCCCACCCCCCACUCAUCAACAGCCUCAACUGCAGGGCAAAGCGCACCAGCCAACAGGGCCUGGUUGCCAGGGACAACCUCUACAGCCGCCACGUCAACACACGGGGAUUUGGGCUGUUGUUGGCGCCACAGCCGAACACCUUCAAACUGCCAGGUUUGAGACCAGUGUUGAGAGACAGAGAGACUGACAUAGGAGGACAGAGAGAGCCACUGGGACACAGAGACAGGAAGGAGCCAAUCCGAGCCCAGAACACCAUGAUGACCACCAGAGAACCAGACAGACAGGCCGAGACGGAGACCAGGCUGCUGGAGAAGGGGCUCCGGAUGGGGGUAGGGGGAGAGCCCUGGCCAGGGAGGGGUGGAGGAGAAGGAGGUGGGCCUCUGGAGGUGGCUGAGAGGGACAGAGGUAGAGGAGGAAGGUCCUGGGGAGUAGGAGGAGGACCCCUGGAGGUGGCUGAGAGGGACAGAGGUAGAGGAGGAAGGUCCUGGGGAGGAGGACCCCUGGAGGUGGCUGAGAAGGGACCAUCGGAGGCUGAGAGGAACAUGGGGACAGGAGGGUGGUCGUGGACGCUGGGAAAGAGCUGCUGUAACACAGCCCAGUGGGCCAGGCAGGAGUAUAGAAACACCAGACCCUGGUGACGCAACAUGGACAGACGGACAAACAGACGGAUGAUUAGGGAUCAAGAGAAACGGGGGGAGUGGGGAUAAAAGAGAUGAGAGAAGAAAGCCACAGAUGAAGAGAAUAGAGAGAUAAAAGAGAAGAAAGCCAAUCCUCCUCCACUUCCCUUCAUCCCUCUUUCCUGAUCACUAAUUAGUGGUUGUAUGUUUAUAACAAGACAGAAUGAGUGAGGGGUUUGGUUGGAACGCAA